AUGCUGAUUGUGCUCCAUCUACGCUCAAUCGCUUUCUGGCCCGUCACCCCCGGCGUCCAAGACCUCAGUAUCAUUCCGCGACCUGGUUGCCUCUGGAGGACCCAUCGAGUCAACCCUCCUUUAGUGUUAUCGGUAUCUACGCUAGAUGGCCCUUUGUCUCAUGUCCUCCCAGUCCUUCGGAGUCACCAUAAACCACCCACCCUCUCCUGCCUUGCUCUCUCGUUGCAAGCCCACGAUGCUUCACCUGACUACCUUACUGCCGUCCUACAAUGUAUCCGCUAUUGCAAUAGCGUUGGAUACCUCGACCUUUCCCUACCUCCGCAGAGUCAUUCCCAUUCGGCAAUGAUUUACUCAGGUACCCAGUCAGCAAUUCAUGUUAAGCACUUGGGGAUUUUUUCGGACGUUGCAGGCUCGUGCUCCACUUCGGCGGGAGAUGCAUUGCUCCAGGCGUUAUCUGCUUCGUGGAUUGAAGCCUUUCCUCGAGUCAAACGUGUUAGCAUGCGAGGCUGUUCCAAUCGCACUGCCGAGUAUCUUGUCAACAAGAUGCGCAAAUUUGCUGCUGCUGAUGUCGAACUGUCUGUGAAGCUGCAUACUGAAGAUUCCUUGUAA